UAAAGCAAAGCUGGGUCUCACUGGUUACGUCUCCUGUAACGCCUCUGUCUGUUUUACAGGAAGCCACGUCAUCUUGGAAACAGAGCCAGUGCUUGCAAAAUGAGCAUCAGCCUUGAUCAGGAGACAGACUAUGCAGAGCUGGUUCUCUCUGUAGGAGAAAUCACACUGGGAGAGAUGAAUAGGAAGUUAAUGAAAGAUACUCAACUAAGAAAACGACAGGCCAAAAUUAUCUCACAGGCUGUAUGCACUCUUCUGAAUUCUGGAGGGGGCGUGGUCAAGGCUCACAUUAAGAAUUCCAAUUACAUCUUCACCAGAGAUGGAAUAGGACUGGAAAAUUCUUUUAAUGAUAUUCUUCUACUUCCUCAGAAAUACCUAGACUACAUGCAAAACAAAGACUACUUUUUAAUUUUUGUGAAACCAUGGAACCAGAAUUUCUCUGGUCUGCGUGUCAUCACCUUGAAAACCAAUUUCUACCUGAGAAGUUUAUCAUCGUCACAUGAACUUAAAGCUCCUGAUGCAGUGAAGUUCCUCAAAGAAAGGAAGGAUACUAAAGGGAGAUCAAGACAAAGUCGGCCUGGAUCAUUUGAUUCUGAUGAAUUACAACCAGAAAGUCUUGUCAUGUUUUUUAACAUGGAAAAGCUUAUCUACGAGGAGACAUUCUGUUUCACUAAAUCCAAACAUGCUGAAGUUAAAAUGCCCCCUAAAGAAAAGAUUUUAGAGAUUCUCCCUCAAACUGUCUCUGCAUUUGCAAACACUGAAGGGGGAUACUUGUUCAUUGGUUUAGAUGGGGAAAAACAACAAAUAAUUGGUUUUAAAGCAGAUGAGAGUGACCUCGUGGAGCUAAAGAGUGAAAUAGAGAAGUGCAUCGGUCAGCUGCCUGUCACUCACUUCUGUGAGGAGCAGGGGAAGCUGAAGAACACAUGCAAAUUCAUUCCAGUCCACAGACAGGGAACUGUGUGUUCAUAUGUCUGUGCGCUCAGAGUGGAGAGAUUCUGCUGUGCUGUGUUCGCUGCAGAGCCUGAUUCCUGGCACGUGGAAGGCAGCUGUGUGAAGAGGUUUACCACAGAGGAAUGGGUGAAGCUCCAGAUGGACACCACACCAGGGUCUUCCAAGGAAAAUGAUAAACAGACCCUUCAAUCAAGCAUCCCACCACUCUGGGCCUUUAGCUGUUUUGCUCAUGACAUCCCGGAAGCUCAGCAACAGAGGGCUCAUCUUCCAGUGGUGUUUAGAAAGGUGACAUGCUCUCCAGAAGCCCUCUUCAUGGAACAGUUCUCAGAAUAUGAGAGAUAUGAGCAGUUACUUUGGACAGAGCUGGGCUCACUUUGUCAAGGAAUGCUGUUCAUCUCUAAGACCUGGAUUUUGGAUCCUGGCUCGCAGGAGAAGCAGGAAGUCAUCUUGGAUAUGCUUCAUAUUUCCCAGGACAGACUCCUGACCCUGCACAGCUUUGUCCUGGGAGAUGGGGAGCUGGAAGACGACAGCACUGUUCUGAGGGAACUAGGUGCUAAGUUAAAGAACUAUUGUAAACAAACUGCACUAACUUUAAAGCAGAUGCUGGUAAAUCAUGCUGGUUACACAGGGAAAAUAGGUGUUGUGAUAAAGAUAACGUACUUGGGUCAUAGGGCCGUGUCUCUAUAUGAUUCAAGCUCGAUAAUACAUUACCCCAGAGACUAUUAUCUUACAACCAAGACAGUAAGGAACUUAGAGAAGGCUCUUGAUGAGGUCUUAGGCACUGUUUAAUGAUAUAAAACUAUAGCGAUCAGUUUACCUCUGACAUUUUAAACAUAUAGAAUUAGAUACCUUGAUUUUCGAGGAAUGUCCUAGAUCAUGUCUGAGAAUUCUUGGCAUGGGAAAUGGACUAUGAUGCAAUGAUAUUUCAGUUAUGUAGGUGAUAAUGUUCUCUCAUUCCAUAAAUAUAUGGAAAAUGUAUCUUUGAAUAACUUCACAGGAAUAGAAAUGAAAUUCUGGGAAAGGGACUGGUUGUUAAAGAAGGCAAUGGUAAAACAGGGCUUUGAAAAUGUGUCCUUGAGCUGGGGAUGUGGCCCAUACCUUUAAUUCCAUCGCUUGGAGGAAGGCUGGUCAUCUUAGUCUGCAUAGGGUGUUCCAGGACAGUCAGGGCUGUGAAAAGAGACCAUGCCUCAAAAUAAAUACAAAAGUAAAUAAUAA